AUGUUCUCAGCUAUCAUGGCAAAGAAGAGUUACAAACAGCAUUCCAAAUCUGAGAAAAUCCAGGUGGGCUGUAUGUCUGGGCUGAUUCGCAUGCUUGACUUCCGUCGCAGUCCAAAACUUCUUUCAGAUGGGACAGUCAAAAGAGAUCCAAAAGGUUUUGAAGAUGUCCAGGAAACAAAUCUGCUAUUAUCAAGUAUUAGAACUUUGAUGGAAGAAGAGAUGUCCAGCAACACACAGCCCUUGAAGCAAGCACAAAGCAAUGUAACUGGGAUAUGCUCUGAAGAUAUUGAUCUAAACUUGGCUGCAAGUCUAAUGGAAAUCUACAGGUCUCGUACUGAAGGACAAGAAAUCAGGAAUUCAAUCGAGUCAGGUCGCCGUUCCAUUUCGACUGACAAAGAGAACAAUACUGACCCUCCUGAUCAUCUCUAUCAGAUCCCAUCUAGUAUCCAGAGAGCUCUAGAAGAUGUUGCUGAAGCAGUUAUAAGACAUCAAUCUGCAAAAAAAAAAUACAUAAACAGCGGUGAUGAAACUAGGUCCAGAGAAUUGGUUGAUGCCCUACAGCUACUGAGCUCAGACAAGGAAUUAUUUCUGAUGCUUAUGCAAGACCCAAGCUCUAGGUUGUUAGAAUGUCUCCAAAACCUUUACAUGUCACUAGGAAGUAAGUUAGACUGUGAAGAAUAUGACGAAGAAACUGAGUUGCAAGGUAUGGCAAAUAGUCUAGAGCAGUCAGUGACUUCUCCAAGUAAGGUUCAAAGAAGGCAUAAUUCUUUCUUGAAGGAGGAUAGGUUGGUCAUGAGGAAACCACCAGAGUUAAAUGAUAGUUCUCGUGGUCUUAGCAGAAUAGUAAUCUUGAAGCCAAGUCCUACAAGAGGUCAUAGCACUCUUAUCUCAGGUAGCGCAACUUCGUCACCACUAUCAAAUCAUAUUGAUUUGCAAGUUCAAGAAGCCAGUGAUAAACCUGAUUGUCAUUUCUCACUUAGAGAGCUUAAAAGGAGGCUAAGGCUUGCUAUUAGCGAUAAUCGGAAGGAUCACCAGUUAAACUCCACGAGUAGUAAUUUUCAUAAAGCUGAGGCUGAUUCUGGCAAACUGCUUCCAGUCGCAAGUAUGUCGGAGACGGAGAGUCUGGCAAGUACAGAUUCUUCUGACAGGGCUAAGGAACCAUCUAUUGUUGACAAGAAAACAGUCACGGAAGAUAGUGUAAGUGGGAUGAGAAAUGAUGUCGCUCAUGGUGUCGGUGUCAGCUCUUUCUCCUAUGAAAAAGCUAACAUGUAUAUAAUUGAGAGAUUAAAUGAUCAAGGCGAAGAAAGUUAUCAAAUUGUACAGAAAUCUGAAUCUUUUGAGAGAUUAAUUUCACUGCCCGAGAAUGAUAGAUUUUCUCCAAGUGAUUGCCCUCAAGAGGAGAAAAUUAGCAUGGCACAUGAAGCUACAGAAUCGUUGAACUUGAAUACUAUUGAGCAAGAGGAUGGUUCAGCAAGCCCUUACUCAACAAGGCUGUACCAGGAGUCAGAAUCAGCCAACACUAGCAACUUAGGUACAGAAAUGUUGAUUGAGCCCACGAUAGAUCAUGGUAGUCAUCAACAAAAUGAGGGCGCUAUCUCACAGGAGUUAAUCCGUGAAGGGGUUAAGAUCAUGCCAGAUACAAUGGAGAACUCACCUCUCUGUGCUGAGACUGGAACUUCGCAGGAAGGAGUGGGAGAGACAAAUCCAGAUGAAUGUUCAAUGGAGGAACCAAAAUUCAUGAAUUUGUCACCAGAACUGGCCCUGUAUUCUCCAGAUGGCUCCGUUAAUGAACAAGAAAACCAUAUUCCAUCAGAAGUUGUUGAAUUAGUCAAACCAUCUGUAUUGACAUUUCCAUACUCGCCGGAAAAUACUAAUGACAAAGAGGAGAAAUUGAGUCCACAAUCUGUUCUUGAUCCCAUUAUAGGAGAAGUUACCAAUCCUAGACACAAAACUCCAAAUCGAGAUGAAUUCUCCAUGCCUACUUCCAGAGUGCUGUUCAAAGAGGUUGACGCUCCUUCAACAUCCCUAACUUUGUGGAAUGGACCACAAGUAGCCAUUUUGGAUGACAAAGCCACAAGGGUGUCCUUCAUCAAGGCUGCGCUAGAAGCUUCAGAAUUGCUGUCCGAGGAAAAUUCGCAGAGAUGGUACACAGAAGAGCCACUGCUUGAUGUAUCUGUAUUGGCUGAAGUAGGAAAUUCGUACUGCCUGACAGACGAUGCAGUGCUUUUGUUUGACUGUGUGGAAGAAGUUCUUCUCAAGAUAAGGGACAAGUUCUUUGGUACCGACCCUUGGGUUAACUUUCUGAAACACAAUGUACGACCAGCUCCAGUAGGAAGACAGCUCGUUCAAGAGGUGGCUAGGGGAAUCGAUUCUCUUGUCGGUAAAGAAUUUUCAAACACUUUAGAACAGGUGAUGAUGAAAGACUUGGACAGUGGGUCGUGGCUGGAUCUUCGAGGUGAUACUGAAAGUGUUGUAGUUGAGUUGUGGGAUGGUUUGCUUUAUGACUUACUAGAGGAAGUGGUUUUUGAUCUGUGGCUUUGA